CUUUAUCGCUUUGGUCAAUAUUUCCUUUCGUCCUCGAAAAUGGUACCUGGUGAAGACCCCUCUCAUGAACUCCCAUCUACUGCACCCUCAGAACACAGUACUCUCCAUGAGAAAUUCGCAAAUGAGCUUCAGAAGGAUUCAGAGUCCCAUAAAUCUGAACAUUCAAGUGAUGCUCCACCUGAUAGGGGCCUGCAGGCCUGGCUGAUGCUGGUGGGCGCAUGGUGUGCAUUGUUCUGCACGUUUGGCUGGAUUAACAGUGUGGGGACAUUUCAGAGCUACUAUGAAACGACGUUGCUUCAAAGCUACUCAGCAAGCACCAUUGCAUGGAUCCCCUCUCUCCAGGUGUUUUUUAUGUUUGCUAUGGGCCCUAUCGUCGGUCGUCUCUAUGACAUAUUCGGUCCAAGUCCUGUCCUUAUCGGAGGCUCCUUCCUCCAUGUCUUCGGUUUGAUGAUGGCCUCCAUCGCUACAAAAUACUAUCAGCUUCUUCUUUCUCAGGGUGUCUGUAGUGCCAUGGGUGUUUGCGCCAUCUUUCAGCCCUCAAUGAACUCAAUUCCCAGCUGGUUCAACAAGAAGCGCGGUGCUGCAUAUGGUAUCGUCUCAACGGGGUCCAGCAUUGGCGGCGUGAUCUUCCCAAUCAUGAUCAGUCGGCUCAUCAAUGAAAUUGGGUACCCCUGGGCAAUGCGUACAGCGGCAUUCCUCAUGCUUUUCCUCCUGAUCAUCGCGAUCCUCACCGUCCGGUCACGGGUGCCCCCUAAGCCUGUCCGUCUCAACAGGGAGAGCAUGCUCCGCCCUUUCACCGAGAUCAAGAUGCGUCUCGUAUUCUUCGGCUUUCUUAUGAUGACGUUUGGAAUCUUCAUUCCCAUCAACUACCUCGUGAUCCAGGCUAUGCAGUCCGGAAUGAGCGCCAAUCUCGCCCAGUAUCUUCUCCCCAUGCUCAAUGCAGCAAGUCUCUUCGGGCGAAUGACCGCCGGCAUUGGCUCCGACAAAAUUGGCCCAUAUAACAUCCUCGUCUGUGCCUCCUAUCUCGCAGGCAUUGUCACUCUCGCGCUUUGGAUCCCAGCCACUAGCAAUGAUGCUAUCAUCGUCUACGCCAUCCUCUUCGGCUUCUCCUCCGGCGCCUAUGUGUCCCUUGCCGCGGCUUUGGUAGUCAAAAUCUCUCCCUUCCCCGAAAUUGGCUACCGCACUGGCCUGCUCUUCCUGUUUUCCUCCAUCGGUGGCUUGACUACCAGCCCGAUUGCCGGUGCAAUCCUUUCCCACGAUCACGGCUCUUACACGGGCAUGAAGGUUUUUGCUGGAGUGUUCCUAAUUGCUGGUGCUUCGCUGGUGCUUGCCGCACGGGUCUAUAGUACUGGACCCGUGCUCUUAGCCCGGUUCUGA